AAUAGUAGUUGAACGCGGAAGAGAGCGGAGCUCAGAUGGAAUAUGGCUCUCUCCAGAGGUUUGAGAUGCUGUCAGAGGGUUUUCUCGUGGAUACCUGUUCUUAUUAUCACCGCCGUUGUCUUGUGGUCGUAUUACGCCUAUGUCUUUGAACUAUGUCUUUUUACAAUCACCAAUACACUGGAAAAAGUGGCCUAUUUGCUUUUAUUUCAUGUUUGCUUUGUGAUGUUCUCCUGGACCUACUGGAAGUCAAUAUUCACCCCUCCUGCGUCUCCAUGCAAAAAGUUUCAGCUGUCAUACUCAGACAAGCAAAGGUACGAAAUGGAGGACAGACCAGAUGCUCAGAAGCAAAUCCUGGUUGAGAUUGCAAAGAAGCUGCCUAUUUUCACUCGAGCCCAAUCUGGAGCUAUCAGGUUCUGCGACCGCUGCCAGGUGCUGAAGCCCGACCGCUGUCACCACUGCUCCGUCUGUGAAAUGUGUGUCUUAAAGAUGGACCAUCACUGUCCCUGGGUGAACAACUGUGUUGGUUUUUCCAACUACAAGUUUUUUCUCCUUUUCCUUGCCUACUCUAUGGUGUACUGUAUAUUCAUUGCGGCAACAGUCUUUCAGUAUUUCCUCAAAUUCUGGGAAGGGGUCUUGCCAAACGGGCCUGCAAAGUUCCACGUCCUCUUCCUCAUGUUUGUGGCUCUCAUGUUCUUUGUCAGUCUCAUGUUCCUCUUUGGCUACCACUGUUGGCUUGUGGCCAAGAACAGAUCCACAUUAGAGGCCUUCUCAGCUCCGGUUUUUGCCAACGGACCAGACAAAAACGGCUUUAACGUCGGCACGCGCAGAAAUCUGGAGCAGGUAUUUGGAGAGAAUCGGAGAUUGUGGUUCAUCCCCGUCUUUACGAGCCAAGGGAAUGGCCACUACUUUGCUUUGAAGAACCGGAGCUCUGAAUCCCAGAACCCCUUAUUAGCUAACGAGGACAUGUGGGAAGAGUCUGAUGAUGGGUCUGAGGAGGGAAGCUUGGCAGAGCAUGUGGACCCCUCUGUUACCAUAGAGAUGGAGGAAUAAUUUACACUGGUGGAGACCUGGACUUGUAUCGCACACACUGUGUAUUGAGAGGUAAAUGCAUUUCAAAUUGCAAGGACGUUCAGACACACCGAAGGGGCCCAAACAAGAGGAUUAAGAUCUGCGUUUGGACUGUCGUUGCCAACUCUACCCCGAUGCUUCACAUACUGAUGAAAAAAGGAACUCAUUGGAUGACCAGUGGAAGCAUCGCCUCUCAUGUCAUCAUAAAAUUUUAUUUUCGGGGCAAGUCAAGUGUUUCCUGUUUUACAGAAAAGCAACUGAUUUCUUUUUUUUAAUUACAGAGAAAAUAUUUUCCUUGUAUUUGUUAUUCUUGACAGAGCACUAAACCUUUACAGCUUCUGUCUGGCAGUGUGCAAUUUUACAGGUUUCUGUUUGAGAGUUAAGCUUACAGUGUUGCACCUUAUGGUUUCUUUGGUGGGGGACGGGAAGGGAACUCGCACUCGUCAGGCUCCAGAAGUCUCAUAGUGACUGAGUUGUCUACAAGUUUGAGGUUUACAGCAUUUAAACAUAAGAUUUGACUUAAACAUAUUAUUAAAAAGCUAACUUAACCUGAGCCUUACUAACAAGUAUUCCUGCUUUUGGAGUCAGUAUCUCCUCGGAAUGUAUCCUCCUGCUCCUCAUCAUCCUUUUGAGUACUUUGCACCAACAUCUUGGGCACUUCUUCCCCCAUUAUGGAGUGUUUUAUCCUCCCUGUUAGAGUUCGAAUGUCAUUAGCUCAGUGUCUAAUCACAAUGGUGACUGUAACAACAAGACAAGCAUACAUUUGGUCAUAGUUAGACCUGAUUACAUGUUACAUCUGAGUAUUAUGGCAAACUUAAUAUGUCUAUCUAUCAGUGGAGUCAUAUUCUGAAUAUACUGUAUAUCAUGGCUUAAAAGCUGUUUGCUACAUUGAUUAAGAAGGAUGCAGUG